GCGCGGUCGGCGCCAGGCGCGGCGCUUCCGGGAGCGCCGGGCGCCGCAGGAUGCAGCGGUGGCCAGUGGUGCUUUUCCUGGCCUGGGUUUGCCUUCUCUUUUUUGCCGGUAUCGGGCUCUUCAUGAGCGGCUUCCUGCUCACACGGAUCGAGCUUGCCAGCAGCAGUUCCUGCUCAGACCCGGUCGUGCCUCCACUCUGGGAGAGGCAGAGCCUCCCACCAGGCUCCUGCUGGGUUCCCCAACGCUUUUCCAAGGCCGUGCUCAUCAUCAUUGACGCUCUCCAUUUUGAGUUUGCCCACUUUGACCCCGCCAAGACCAGCCCACUGCCCUACGAGAACAAGCUGGGUGUCCUGCACCAGCUGGCCACCUCCCAGCCCCGCCAUGCCCGGCUCUACCGCUUCCGAGCCGACCCCCCCACGGCCACCAUGCAGCGCAUCAAGGGCCUCACCACCGGCUCGCUGCCCACCUUCAUCGACGUGGGCAGCAACUUUGCCUCCUACGCCAUCCAGGAGGACAACCUGCUGGCACAGCUGGUGCAGAAUGGAAGGAGAGUGGUCUUCAUGGGUGAUGAUACAUGGGAAGGACUCUUCCCAAAGAAGUUCUUCCGUUCCUAUUUCUUCCCUUCUUUUAACGUAAAGGAUCUUCACACUGUGGAUGAUGGGAUCCUGCAGCAUCUCUAUCCAACUGUGGACAGUGGUGAAUGGGAUGUGCUGAUUGCUCACUUCCUUGGCGUGGACCACUGUGGGCACAAACAUGGACCCAACCAUCCCGAGAUGGCAAAGAAGCUCACCCAGAUGAAUGAGAUGCUCAGGUCCUUGGUGGAUCACCUGGGGAAUGACACUCUUCUUAUGGUGGCUGGGGACCACGGCAUGACGGAAACUGGAGACCAUGGUGGCGACAGCGAGAAGGAAGUCAAUGCAGCACUGUUUGUGUACAGCAGAACACCUCUGUUUGGCAGUGGCCCUCCAGAGGAGCCUGAAACCAUUCCUCAAGUGAACCUGGUUCCCACUGUGGCCCUGCUGCUGGGAGUGCCCAUCCCCUACAGUAGUAUUGGGGAGGUGAUGGCUGAGCUGUUUGCUGGGGACAGUGAUGCUGUGUCUGCAGCCUUGGAGCAGCUCUCAGUCUAUCACAUCAAUGCCAAGCAGGUGUAUCGUUUCCUGCAGUCCUACUCGCUGGUGGCUCAGGACCUGCCAGCAGAGCAGCUCCAGCACCUGCAGGAGCUCUUCUCUAGUGCUGUGGAGGAGCACACGCAGCUCCUGACCCAGGUGCAUGGGACGACAGUGCCUCCAGAGCUCAAGCCGAGGCUGGGAAGCCUCAUCGGUCGCUUCCAGCGCUACUUGCGAGAGGCACGGGCUGUGUGCACCCAGUCCUGGGCCCGCUUCCACCCCCUGCGUAUGGUGGGGGGCUGCAUCCUUAUUGCUUCCUCUUGCUUGCUCUGCUACAUGGCCUCAGAGCUGGCGGCGUCCUCACAAUCUCUCUGUCGCAGCUGCCUCCUGUACCCGCUCUUCUGGGGCCCUGUGGGGGCUGCUCUGCUGUGGCUAGUCCAUGUUUUCACCCAAGAGGGGCUGGAUCUGCUCCUGGUGUCAUCAUGGGCAGCCGCUGCUUCUCAGCUGGGUUUUUUCUGGCACUGGUGGGGCCAGCAUCUCAAGAGAGCCCGUUUGACAGGCAGUCAGCCCCCCUUGGCCAGUGGUGGCCUCAGGCAGAGGCUGCGAGCUUGGCUGGGGCUGGCCUUCCCCAUGGGCAUUCUGUUCUUCCGCUGUGGAGCUAUGUUCUCCGACAGCUUUGUUGUGGCUGAGGCACGGGUGGCUCCGUUCCUGCUGGCCUCUCUGGUGAUGUUGCUAGUAGGGAAGCUCCACUGGGAUGGUCACCUGACUGUCCCAGAAGGUCCCAAGCAGCAGCUCCUUGGUGUUUCUUCUUACCGGAGAGAGAUCUGGUAUCUGCUGUGCCUCGUGGCCAUGCUCCUGGUCUGCGUGCGCCUCUCCAGUUUCUUCCACCAGUGCCGCGAAGAAAUCCCUCAGUGCCGACCCUCUGUUUUCCUCUCCCCACUUGCCAGCCUGAGAAACACACGGGCCAAGAACUUCUUCUACCUCCUGUGCGUGGCCUUGCUGGCUGGGCUGGUGUAUGCAGUGCAGAGCUGGCUAAGGCACUAUGGCAACCUGAACAGCUCGGACCCCCUUGUGCUCUUUGUGCGCUGGGGUUUCCCACUGGUGGUCCUCUGCAUUGCCUGCUACUGGGCUGUUGCCUCCAGUGUUGAUGACUCUCUUGGCAGGCUGCAGGAGCUGGUGCAGGUUGCAGUUGUUGUCUUUCCCAGGGCUGUCUAUGGACUAGCAUCCAUGGGACUACUACUCCUGUUGUGCAAUCCCAUGACGGUGUUUGCAAAGGACACACGGGAGCUGGCAGGAUCCAUUGUCACUCCCUACCUGGGAGUUCCUGGCUCUGAAGUUGACUUCCUCCACGUCAUCCCUCAGAUCUACAAGAGGAUGCAGGAGUCCCAGAAGAGCCGGCUGGAGCGGGGCAGCUGCAGGGCCACUGUUGCAGCAUACGGGCUGGGCAGUGUGUACUCAGCAGCCCUGGUCAUAGCCCUCACCCUCCUGGGCUUCCUCUUGAUGCUUCUGCACAGCGAGCGGCUGAGCUUUGCCUUUCUGCUCCUCUUUGUGGAGGCCUUUGUGCUGCUGCACAUCCAGACGUGUGCCAGAGGCCUUGCCAGAGAUGCUGAGCUCUUUUCAGUGCCGUGGUAUGCAGUCAUCUCCUGGCUCCUUGCUGCUUCACAGUUCUUCUAUUCCACAGGCCACCAGCCUAUCUUCCCAGCUAUCCACUGGAAUGCAGCCUUUGUUGGCUUCCACCUUGACCACAGCAUGAACCUCCUGCCUGCUGUCCUGGUGGGAGCCAACACCUUUGCUUCCCAUAUCCUUUUUGCAGUUGGCUGUCCACUGCUCCUGCUGUGGCCCUUUGUGUGUGAGAUGUCCAACUCACAGAGGAAGAAGCCCAAGAAGGAGUCCCAGGAGGAGCUGCAAGAGGUGGAGGAGCACAUGAUGGAAAUGAGGCUGCGGGACUCUCCAGAGGAGUUCUCUACUGCUCUGUUGCGACUGGGAUUGAAAUACCUCUUUGUCCUUGGGGCACAGCUUCUGGCCUGUGUUUGUGCAGCGAUGAUCCUCAGGAGACACCUCAUGGUUUGGAAGGUCUUUGCCCCAAAGUUCCUCUUUGAGUCGCUGGGCUUUGUGGUGAGCAGCAUCUGCCUCUUGCUGGGGAUCUCGCUGGUGAUGCGUGUGGACUGUGCUGUCAGCACCUGGUUCAGCCAGCUUCGGCUGAGGUAGCCUUGGAGAUGUGAGGAGCCUGACCUGCUCGUUGGCCCAGGCUGUGGCUGUCUCCUGGCCUCCCACCAGCUGGGAGGGAUACACGAGCCCGCAGCAAACCAGUGCCUGCCGACAGCAGUCAGGGAUUAUGCCCAGCUCCCUGCUGUUGUGCUGAACAAAAAGGACUGGAGCCACCUGUUCCUGGCUCACAGGGAUGGUGUUUCUCAGCAGGGGAGAUCAGAGCUCUCGCUGGGCCUUUUCUGGCAGCAGGACUCUGCUGCAGGAACCCAAGAAGCAAGAGUCCUGAAGUGCUCCUUUGGAGAAACACCAGCAGGGGUCUUGCUGGUACUUUCCUGACACCUGCCACAAUGACCAGCUGGUAGGCUUCAGUGGCCAGCAAGGUGUCACUGUGACUGUGCAAAGACUCAUGGGAUGGGGCCGGCUGAGGAGGGGAGAGGAGGUUGGAAGGGGAGGGAAUGUCCCACAGCCACCACUUUGUUUUCACAUGCUUGGUUUUUACACUGGAAUCACACUGCACGUUUCCAUGCAGAUGGCUCCUGGAGCCUCGGUGGCAGCUACUCCUCUGUAAAGUCAGUCAGUUGCUCUAUGGUAAGGCCUCUCUUGCCCUACACUCUGUCUCACUUUCCUGGUUCCACUCAGUGAAGUGCAGUGGGGAGCACUGUGGGCUGCCUUGUACAGCAGGCUUAGCUUCAGCUAGUGGUAGCAGGGCCAACUGUGUGCAUGACCAAGAAAUUCUCCACUUCUGUUCUCAA